CUGCAAAGUAACCCUAAAUCUAGGAGCGGGCCGGAUUAAGCGAUCUGAGGGCUGGCCUUCCUAUCCCGGAGAUAGGGCGGGCGGGAGGAGGAGUUUAACUUCUCUUUUCUAAAGUAACCUCGGCCCCGCUCCCGGUGUGUGGUUUCUACUCCUAGGUGUUCCUGGUACCUGGGCUGCAGCUCGGUGGUGUGGGCUUGCUGGUUGUUUUCCUUUCCCUUUCGCCCAUGGCUUCGGUGACCAGAAGUGUGUUUGGGGAUCUCCCCGGUGGAGCAGGGACUGUAGAGAAGUUCCAUCUACAAUCAGACCAGCUGAGAAUGGAGAUUAUCUCCCUGGGCUGCACUAUCACCGCACUGGAGGUCAAAGACAGGGAUGGGAAAUUCUCAGAUGUGGUGCUGGGCUUUGCCGAGCUAGAAGGGUAUCUCAAGAAGCAUCCAUACUUUGGAGCAGUAGUUGGACGAGUGGCCAACCGAAUUGCCAAAGGGACCUUCACCAUAGAGGGGAAAGAAUACAAGUUGGCCAUCAACAAUGGACCUAAUAGUCUACAUGGAGGACUGAAAGGUUUUGACAAGGUCCUUUGGACCCCUCAAGUGCUGCCAAAUGGCAUUCAGUUCUCUCGGAUCAGUCCAGAUGGAGAGGAAGGCUACCCUGGCCAGUUGAAAGUUUGGGUCACAUACACGCUCGAUGGGGGGCAGUUAAUAGUGAAUUACAAAGCCCAGACCAGCAGCACCACGCCGGUCAGUCUGACCAACCACUCAUAUUUCAACCUGGCGGGCCACGGUUCUCCGAAUAUAUAUGAUCACGAAGUUUGUAUAGAUGCUGAAGCUUUUUUGCCUGUCGAUGAUAACCUGAUCACGACUGGAAAAAUGGAAUCUGUGCAGGGGACUGCAUUUGACCUGAGGAAGCCGGUGGAACUGGGAAAGCACAUAGAGAAGUUCCACAUUAAUGGUUUUGACCACAACUUCUGUCUGAAGGAUACGAAAGAGAAGCAUUUUUGUGCAAGAGUCUAUCAUCCCCGCACUGGACGGAAGCUAGAAGUAUACACAACCCAGCCUGGGGUUCAGUUUUACACGGCCAAUUUCCUGGAUGGAACACUGAAGGGAAAGGGGGGUGCCGUAUACCCCAAACACUCAGGUUUUUGCCUUGAGACCCAGAGCUGGCCAGAUGCAGUCAACAAGCCACAUUUUCCUCGUGUACUGCUCCGUCCAGGUGAAGAAUAUAACCACACUACUUGGUUCAAUUUUUCUGUGGCUUAAGGAGGGUCACAUUGGCCCUACCAGAUGAAGAGCACACAAACAAUGGAAAUACAUCUAAAGCCUCUUCAGCAACCAAAGUCUUAGGUUUCUCCUUCAUAAGAGGGGAAGUGUUAUAUGUCAAGGAGCUAAAAGUAAUCAGCUGGGUUGAAGUAAUCACAGUGAUAGAUGCUAGAUUAA